AGCACAUGAUCGCAGUGUGCAUAAAUAUCAGAGUGCAGAUGUGGGAACAGUCACAACAGCUGCUCAACAUCUGUCUGUGGUCGAGGACUAGAACAUCAGGUUUGAGAAGAUGAAGCUCUGCAUCGUGCUCACGGCUCUGACGCUCUUUGCUCUCAGCGACGGGAUGCCCCCCCUCAGCCGGGACUACAACUCCCACUGUCGCUGCGUGGAGGUGGAGUCGAGGAUCAUCCCUCCGGACAGCCUGCGGAGCAUCAAGAUCGUCCCUGAAGGACCUCACUGCCCCGACACUGAAGUCAUAGCCGGACUGGCGAGCGGCGAGAAGGUGUGUCUGAACCCCCGGUCCGCCUGGGUGAAGAAGCUGAUCAAGUACGUCCUGGAGAAACAGCUGCAUCAGCAGGCAGGAGCCAAGAAUCGAGUUUAACAACCCAACUGUGGCUUCUCCUCCUACCUCCCUCCUGCAGCAAUGAGCCAGGCUCUUUUUACUUUAAAGAAAACAUAACACAAUAUCUAACCUCUUUGUUUUAUAUCUCUGCUCUGGUGUCUUUUGACUUCUGUUUUCUGUUUUUAAUACAUAUUUUCUGAAUAACACUGAUUCUGGAUUUGUAUUGACACAAGAAAUAAACUGUAAUGGAAACAAUAUGUAAUGUUUGAGUGUAUAAAGAAUCUGACUGUGGUUAUAAGUAUAACUCUAAUUUUGAAACUUUCCUAAUAACAAGUUGCAUUCCAUCUUUCAUUAGAAAGAACCAGUUUACUGAAACCUCUCGUUCAAGGCUUAAUACAAAAUAAAAUGUUUAAAAGGUAAAA